GUCGCAGAGGCAGGGAGUAGAUGCUAGGUGGCUCGAGCACAGUGUUCAGCUCUGAAAUAUCAGCGUAAACAAGCGUAACACCGGUAAAAACACGAGCUGUGUCUACUCGAAACCUGGAAGUUGUUGUGCGAUGGUGCGGGCCGUGUGGGCGGUGCUCCGUAUAGUGUCCUGCGAGGGGGCUGCUGUGCUGAAAUCAAACGUACCUGUCGCCGUCAGAGCUGCCGCACCGCGACACACAUCCAUCUGCAGACCCACCGCGUCCUGCUGCAGGGCUUUCUCCAGUGAGGUGAGACACCUACAGUCAAUCAGAAUGCCUGAGAUAACCACAGAUCACCUGGACGAGAAGCAGGUGCAGCUGCUGUCCGAGAUGUGCAUCCUCAUCGACGAGAACGACCACAAGAUCGGUGCGGACACCAAGAAAAACUGCCACCUCAACUCCAACAUCGACAAAGGUUUAUUACACAGAGCCUUCAGCGUGUUCAUCUUCAACAGUGAAGAGAAGCUGCUCUUACAACAGAGGUCUGAUGCCAAAAUCACUUUUCCAGGCUGCUUCACAAACACAUGCUGCAGCCACCCUUUACACACUGACAGUGAGCUGGAGGAGAAGGAGGCGAUAGGAGUGAGGAGAGCUGCUCAGAGGAGACUUAAAGCUGAACUGGGUAUCCCCAUGGAACAGGUGACACCAGAUGAAAUGACGUACCUGACAAGGAUCCACUACAAGGCGCAGUCAGACGGCGUGUGGGGAGAACAUGAGAUUGACUACAUCCUCUUCAUGCAGAAGGACGUGGAGUUGAGUCCAGACCCCAAUGAGAUCAAAAGCCACUGCUACGUCAGCAAGGAGGAGCUGAAGGAGAUGUUGGAGAAAGCCAAGCGCAAAGAACUGGAGAUCACACCCUGGUUCAGCCUCAUCGCAGAGACCUUCCUCUUCCAGUGGUGGGACAACCUGCAGAACCUCAAGCAGUUCAUGGAUCACAACAACAUCCACCGCAUGUAACUAAAACCUGGAUCGGGCUCUAUGUUCAGUCACUUUAAACUUGUGGUUGUAGUAGUAACUGACUUGCCUGACAAAAGCAGUGCCAGAUGAGCUGCUAGAGCUUCCUGACACUCUGAUGCCCAAACAUAAGUAUCACUGGCUACUUUUGCCAAGGUAGUGGUAAGUGUAGGGCUUCUACACUAAAAAAGGAAGAAAAGCAAGAGGUGAUGUGGUUUAUAGUGGGUCUGUAGCUCUGAGGUACAUUAAUCUAAACAUGAAAGUUGAAUCUAGUAGACUGAAUCCUAGUCUUAAGUAUUUACAUAUACAUCAGGUCAUAAAAGCUGAUAAUGUGCACACUGGAUGUACAGACUGAACAGAAGUAUAGACAUUUACUCUGUGAAGAUAAUAGCCUAUUUUUGUAUGAAAACUUAAAGUGCCUGGGUACAGGUGGUUAGGUUGAGAUGAAUAGUGUCUCAAAGCACCGAUGUGAUGUCACAACAACUAAUAUCACUUCUGUAUAUUGUCAACAACGAUAUCAAUGAACAAGCUGUGUCUUUGCACUCUUUUACACAAUAAAGUGAUCGUGUUCAUUGGCA